GCCGUUGCUCAGUGAUUAAGGAUUAAAAGAGGAUAUUGAAAUUAUUAGUUUUUUAAUUAUUUAAAAAAAUUUUUAGUUUCAAAAAUGAAAUUAUAUUCAAUAUUCGCUUGUGUGACUUUAAUUCUGCUCGUUUCUUUUAUAGAAAAUACUGAGCAACAGUUUUUUUGGUAUCCAUAUAAUUUUCCGGUAACAACACCAUCCAGAAUUCAGACACCCAAUCGUAAUGCACCAUUAACAUCAAUUCCAUUGCGACAAUUAGAAAGAAGAGGUGGUGUUCGGGCAAUAACAACUAGUACAACCACAACGACCACUACUCCUUCAACAACUACAACCCCUACAACAACUACUACUCCUACAACAACGACAACCCCUACAACAUCUACUACCACUACAACAACUACUACCCCUACAACGACCACUACUCCUACAACAACUACAACCCCUACAACAACUACUACUCCUACAACAACGACCACCCCUACCACAACGACCACCCCUACAACAACUACUACCCCUACGACAACUACUACUCCUACAACAACCACUACAACAACUACUGACCCUGUAACAACAACUGGACGUGCCGAAACAGCAACUAACCGUAAUGCUCCAUUAACAUCAAUUCCAUUAAGGGAGUUAGAAGCAAGAGCUAGAGGAAGGCCUGGAUCUUUUCCAUUUUUCCCGUUUUCUUUCUUUGGUUGAAACAAAUUUAUAUUUAAAUAAAAAUUAAAUUUUCAUUUCGAAUUUCGAUUUUGAAAAACUUUUAAAUCGUA